AGACAGCAAGAAGACAUGCCACCAAAACAGAAGUCCAAGUGCUGGGCUGAGCUGAAACAAGUUGGCAAGACAGGCCAAUACGGCGAGGCCACAAAUCUCUACAGUCAGGCAAUCAAAGCGCUGGAGAAGAACAGUAAAAGGAAUCCAGAGGAUUUGGCCAUUUUGUAUUCAAACCGUGCAGCCAGCUACUUGAAGGAUGGCAACUGUGGGGAAUGUGUGAAAGACUGCAAUAUGUCUCUGGAGUUAUCUCAGUUCAAUGUGAAGUCUCUGCUUCGUCGUGCUGCUGCCUACGAAGCUCUGGAGCGUUAUAGGCAGGCUUACGUAGACUACAAAACUGCUCUACAGAUUGACUGCAACAUAGCAGCAGCUCACGAUGGCACCAACAGGAUGACAAAGGCACUCACAGAGACAGACGGUCCGUCAUGGAGAGAAAAGCUUCCUCCCAUUCCCACAGUUCCUCUGUCUGUGAAGGAGAAACUUGCCCAGAUGUCUGCAGGCAACGCCACCCAACCAAGCCCAACACCUCAGCAGAAUGGCACAACGCAAACAAAAAAACCUGCUCCCAGUGAUAAAGAGAUAAAGAAAGCUCAGGCCUUAAAAGAAGAAGGCAAUGCUUUGGUGAAGAAAGGGGAGCACAAGAAGGCCAUAGAGAAGUACAGCCAGAGCCUCAAACACAACCCUACAGAAGUCACCACCUACACCAACCGGGCGCUGUGCUACCUGUCAGUGAAGCAGUACAGAGACGCCAUCAGAGACUGUGACGAGGCGCUGGUGAUUGACAGCAACAAUGUCAAGGCUCUCUAUAGGAGGGCUCAGGCUCACAAGGAACUCAAGGUAAGAGCACGAGUCUUCAUCAUCGCGCUCCAGCUUCUGAUUCCCACACAGCGCAAUCAGACGUUAGUUUCAAAAGUGUCUGCAGGUUUUCAAGGUAAGCGACAAAAUAAAAAGCAUUUCCUGCCUUGAUAAUUACUAGCGUUU